GGUUAAUGGUGGGUUGGAUUCCACGCCAUUUUAGAGGCAUACAGAUGCUUCAUUACACCUGGCCACAAGUCCUCGUGCUGCUGCAGCGCUGCCGCUGCGAAGGACCAUUGGUGGCUGAGCAAUGACAGAUUCUUGAAGGCGAAGUCUUCCAUUUCUGCCGACAUCAUCGCUGACAAAAGAUAUUUUCCUGGUCUUGCUGAAUUAUUUGUGUUGGUUGCGCCACAUGAUCCUAAGCACAUGUGCUGUUGAUUCGAUAAGGCGACGUAGAAAAGGGAAGCGAAAUGACCCAUACCAUUGGAACGUAGCACACCUCUUCGUUACUGCAAAUAGAAUUCCAUAUGAUCCACUUGAACCACCCAGCAAAAUAUGAGAUUCUUCACGUCAGCUGCACGGUAAUCGACCAGAAGGGAUGAGUCACGUGAACACGACUUGGCUUGAUCUCUUCAGACACGGUUCUCAGCCAAGGAAUUCACGGCUGAGGUUGUCGACCGAAAGGGAGAAGAAGGCCAUGGAGGCCGGGAAUGGUUGCAGGCCUAACAUCACAGACGACAGGUGGUCUCUUCGCGGAACAACAGCUUUGGUCACCGGAGGCAGCAAAGGAAUCGGGCGUGCCAUAGUAGAAGAACUGGCUAGAUUUGGAGCAGCGAUCCAUACCUGCUGUCGGAACGAACAAGAGCUCAACAAGUGUUUGCAGCGAUGGGAGGCCAUGAACUUCACCGUCACGGGGUCCGUCUGCGAUGUCUCGUCGCCGGUGGAGAGAGAGAAUCUAAUGGACAAAGCUCGAUCCAUCUUCGACGGAAAGCUCAACAUUCUGAUCAAUAAUGCAGCGAUAGGCUACAUAAAUCCAGCGAUAAAGGUCACACUCGAGGAGUACAAACAUGUCAUGAGUACCAACUUGGACUCUGCUUUCCAUUUGAGUCAGCUCGCUCAUCCUCUUCUCAAGGCAUCAGCGAGAGGCAGCAUCGUGUUCAUCUCCUCCGUCGCAGGCUUCCUCGGCAUAAAUACGGCGUCCGUCUAUGGAGCAACCAAAGGAGCAAUGAACCAACUCACCAGAAGCCUCGCGUGUGAGUGGGCGAAGGACAACAUCCGGACCAAUUGCGUCGCUCCUGGUGUCAUCAGGACACCGCUUGUUCGGCCGUUGCUGGAUAACAAAGAGUUCGUAGCGAAGGAGACACGUCGGGUGCCUCUGCGGCGUUUCGGAGAGCCAAAGGAGGUGGCGGCUGUGGUGGCUUUCCUUUGCCUCCCCGCUUCUUGCUAUGUCAAUGGUCAAGUGAUUUGUAUCGAUGGAGGGAAGACGAUCAACGGCAACCUGUGAGUUCCAUCUAUCAUCGAUGAUGACAAGUUUAUUACAUCUGAUAUGGGUUACGUACGGUUUGGGUUUCGUAUGACGGGUGUUAUUUAAUACUAAGAUGUGCUUAUCAUGCCUGUAUGAUGACUCCAUCGAUGUUGAUGACUUUAAUAUAUGUGCAUAGUGUGAUGAUGAUUUAGCAA